AGUCGCGACACGUCAGAAUAUUUAAUUCUUUUAUUUAAAUAUUUGCACAGUUGUCGAAUCAAAACCUCAGGCACGCGCUCAGAACACACCACUCGCAACCAUGAAGUGCAAGCAAGCACAUAAUCUGUCCUUGCUGGGCCUGGCUUUGAUUAUUUUCAUUGCGAUUUCGACGGUGACAGCUUUGCCCGUGACUCAAAACAAAAAAGCGGACGCCAAGGAGGCUGAAUCCAGCAGCACCCCCGCCACAGCUGACGUGGAGACGGCUCUGGAGUAUGAGCGUUAUCUGAGGGAAGUGGUCGAGGCACUGGAAGCUGAUCCCGAGUUUCGACAAAAGCUGGACAAGGCCCCCGAGGCAGACAUACGUAGUGGCAAAAUAGCUCAAGAGCUUGACUAUGUGAAUCAUCAUGUGAGAACAAAGCUUGACGAAAUAAAGCGACGAGAGUUGGAGCGACUGCGCGAGCUGGCCAAUCAGGCCUAUGAGCUAAGGAACGACAUCGAUCGGAAGCAUCUGAAGGUGCCUCUGCAUUUGGAUCAUGACAAUGCGCACACUUUCGAGAUAGAGGAUUUGAAGAAGUUGAUUCAGAAAACGUCUGAUGAUCUGGCCGAGGCGGAUCGCAAGCGUCGUGGGGAUUUCAAGGAAUACGAAAUGCAAAAGGAGUUCGAGCGCGAGGCCCAGAAGAAGGAAAUGGACGAGGCGUCGCGUAAGAAGUUCGAAGCGGAGCUCAAACAAAAGGAGGAGAAGCACAAGGAGCACGGCAAACUACACCAUCCUGGCAACAAGGCUCAACUGGAAGAGGUAUGGGAGAAGCAGGACCAUAUGGACAAGAAUGACUUUGAGCCGAAGACCUUCUUCUCCAUCCACGACGUGGACAGCAACGGCUACUGGGACGAGGCCGAAGUGAAGGCCCUGUUUGUCAAGGAACUGGACAAGGUCUAUCAAAGUGAUCUGCCCGAGGACGAUAUGCGCGAAAGGGCUGAGGAAAUGGAGCGCAUGCGUGAGCAUUACUUCCAGGAGACGGACACCAAUCACGAUGGAUUGAUCAGCAUCGAGGAGUUCAUGAUGCAAACUACGAAGGACGAGUUCCAGAAGGAUCCCGAAUGGGAGACCAUCGACAAACAGCCGCAAUACACUCACGAUGAGUAUCUGGAGUACGAGCGCCGCCGCCAGGAGGAAGUGCAAAGAAUGAUUGCCCAGGGACAACUGCCGCCCCACCCAAAUAUGCCUCAAGGCUACUACUCAGCGCCGCCACCCGGCGGUGUGGCCUACCAUGAAGCGCCGCCUGGAGCUCAGCUCCACUACCAGCAGGCAGAACAGCAGCACGCACAGCAGCAGCAACAAUAUGCUCAGCAGCAACAGCAAUACGCGCAGCAGUACCAGCAACAGCAAUACGGCAAUGGACAACCCGUGCAAUUGCAUCCCAAUCAGGUAUAUCAGCAUGCCGGACAGAUACCACAACAGCAGCCACAGCCAGUCUAUCAGCAGCCACAGCCCGUGCAGCAGCAACAACAGCAGCAGCCGCAGCCCGUGCAGCAUCAGCAACAGCAGCAGCAACCUGUGCAACAGCAGCAGCCCGUGCAAUAUCAGCAGCAGCCAGUGCAACAGCAGCAACAGAAACCUGUUCAACAACAACAGCAACAGCAACCCGUGCAACAACAACAGCCCCAAGCCCAGCAAUUGAAUAAUCAACAGCCGCCAUCUGUGCAAAGUCAACAGCUUCCGGUACAGCAGCAACAGAAAGAGCAUCAACAAAAUCAACAAAUACCACAGCAGCAACACUAAAAAUUCCUUUCGAUGGUGCAUUUGGUAUAGAGAAAAACGUAUAGAAAUCGAAUUAAAUUUUUGGUUGAUUUUGAGACCACUGAUUGGACUGAAAUAGCAAAACACAAAACAAUUUCUCACUACGAUUAUAUGGCAAGAAAGAAAUUAAUAACCGAAUGUCGAUUCGGCUGCCACAUUGUCUUUCCAUUGUAAAAGUUAUCUACUUCUCUCUCUUUUAUACUCUUUCUUCUUCUCCUGUCCCUCUGCAUUAUGCGAAGUUUUUUUAACGAAUUUUUUGUACAUAUUACUAUUUAUACAAUAUGAGUUUUCAUAGCAGAAAAAUAAAUAACAAUUGGGUCAGACCACG